CGUCUUCCCUCCAUACUCCGGCAGCGGCAGCGAGGGUUUCCGAACGCCAUUUCUACAUUUCAGGGUUUUGCGAGAUUUUACCGUUGACUAUGGCGUCCAUUAUUUCUAGGAAUGCCAAGCAUUUUCACUUCGCCAAUCGCUGUCUCUCUCUACACCGGCUGAGGUUACAGUCGCCUUCAUCUUCGUCUUCCGUUCUAGCGGGCGCGAAUCUUCAUGAUCCAGCUUUUCCUCAUCUUCACUCGGGGCUUGGAAUCAACUAUUUAGCUUCUUAUAUGAGGCGGCUUUAUGGUACAACUUCUACUACUCCGGAUUCUCAAACCACAGCCUCCGAGAAAUCGGCAGAGUCGAAUUCUAGUGAAGGGGAUGAGUCAGGAAAAUCAAAUCAGAGCCAAGAUACUGGCAAACCUGUUCGUGGUGGGCCUGUAUCAUGGUUGAGUUUUCUUUUGCUGGUUGCCACUGGAGCCGGACUGGUUUUCUAUUAUGACAGGGAAAAGAAAAGUCAUAUCGAAGAAAUAAACAAGGCUUCCAUAGAAGUCAAACAAGGACCGUCUGUAGGAAAAGCUGCUAUUGGGGGGCCGUUUAAACUUGUCGAUCAUGAUGGGAAGCCAGUCUCGGAAAAAGACUUUUUUGGGAAAUGGACAUUGAUAUAUUUUGGCUUCACACACUGUCCCGAUAUCUGCCCAGAUGAACUACAAAAGCUAGCUGCUGCAGUUGAUAAAAUCAAAAAGGCGGGAAUUAAAAUUGUGCCUAUCUUCAUAUCCGUUGAUCCUGAGAGAGAUACGGUAGAACAAGUACGGGAAUAUGUCAAAGAAUUCCAUCCGGACUUGAUUGGACUAACUGGAACUUCAGAUGAGAUACGGAAUGUAGCUCGAGCAUAUCGAGUUUAUUACAUGAAGACUGAAGAGGAAGACUCGGAUUAUCUUGUUGAUCACUCCAUAGUGAUGUACUUAAUGGGUCCGGAGAAGAUGGAAUUUGUAAAAUUUUUUGGGAAAAACAACGACGUUGAUUCACUCGCAGAUGGAGUAAUCAAAGAAAUUAAGCAUUACAAGAAGAAAUAGAAAGCUUUUGAUCAACCAAGUUCCAUUAUACUUCUACUACUACUAUACUACUUCAAUCCGGUCAGUUGAUUUUCCAACUUUUGGUCAUCCUACAAUAGGUGAUUUUGCCUUAAUUAAUAAUAUUCUAUUUUCCUCUCCAAACAUUUGUAGAACAUUUAAAACUUAUUUAGAGAAUUAGCCAUUGGUAUGGCAUUCUGUUCA